UACGUUUUCUUCUGCUUGUCGGAGUUAGGGUACUGAAUAACGGCAAUGACGGGGUAUUUAUUAAUCUGGAUUCUGUUGUGUCCAUCUUGCCUGCUUGGACAACUCCUUCCCAAGGAACUAGACUAUCAAGUAGUUAAAAUACAACAGGAGUUGUUGAGGUCUUUCCGGCACCCUAUCGUCAGCCUAACUCAGAGUAUGGUGGAAAACCAGCUUAAUGGAUGCAAUAACACAAUAAAUGCACUGGAAACGAAAAUAGUCGAAAUGGAAAAGCGAGUCACUGAGCUUGAGGCACGAUCACAAGAUGUCAAGGUUGGAUUUUACACGUUUAUAACGUAUGCAAGUGCUGAAGCGAUCAUCAAGUUUGACAGGGUCAAGUUUAACGAAGGACAGGCGUACGACAGCUCGACCGGCGUCUUCACGUGUCCAAUCAGUGGCGCAUAUCAUUUUGUAUGGUCAGUGCAGGUCGAUAAUACGGAAUACGGUUACGUGCUUGUUGAUUUUAAACGGAAUGGAGAUACUUAUGGUUUUACAAUAACGCACGGGCCCAAGCAGCACACCAGUACCAACUCCGUAGUGAUUAGGUUACAGCGUGGUGACAGAAUAUGGCUACAGAAAAGAUUAAUGGCGCUGAUAAAGAUCGCGGAUUACGAAACUUCGUUCUCGGGGCAUUUUUUGUAUCAUUGAUAUUUCCAUGCUGCACAUCUUGACAUAAGCGUUCGCGAUUUAUUAACAUUCAUGAUGUUUGCACUUGAUGAGGAUAAGGAACCAAGCAGAUUAGUGCAUCAGAUGUGAUUAACUUUUUGUAGUACCAUUUUUUUUUCGCGGGAUAAUAGUUUCGCUAUUUCGCGGUACAUAAACGUAAUCGCGAAAAUUCAGUCUGUAAAAUAAUGAGACACGUGUGAACAUAUUUGGUAAGUUUGAAAAAAAAAAUGAAUAACGAAACUUUCGAAACGUGGACAUUACUGGGUGUACGGUACAUUCACAGUCAUUCGACCGAAGAAACAUGUGUCUUCAAAAAGACAGGUGGUAUCAAUGAGCAUUCGAACCAGUCUCCAACUUACAAAAACUUAUAAUGUCAUACAUAUUAAUUACAGCAUAUUUUUGUUUAUGGUUAUAUGGACAUCACCCU